AUGUAUUUGCACAUGUUUGUGUUUGCGGCAGGUUUACUGCUAUGUCCAGAAAUAGUUGGAAAAUCAGAAAUUACUGCAUAUGUGAUACCUCCAAAAGCACUCCUUGGUGUAGAGACAGUGGCACAUGUGGGUCUCAUCUACAAUGUCUUCCUAACCGGCUUGGAGAUGAACCUAGACGCUGUCCUACUAGCGCGAAAAAAGGCAACCACCAUUGCUAUUGCUGCCACCAUCAUUCCAAUGGCGUUAGGGACUGCCAUAUAUUCUUUAGGUCAAGCUCUCUACCCAGAUGAUAAGUCAUCUUUCAACACACCUAGUGCAUAUUUAUUCUGUGCUUUGGUUCUUAGUGUCACAAAUUAUCCUGUUCUAGCUCACAUUCUUGCUGAUCUUAAGAUCCUCUACACGGGUCUUGGUAGAGUGGCUGUAACCGCAGCCACAAUUAAUGACUUCUACAAUUGGGCAAUGUUUGUGAUUCUGAUUCCUUUUGCCACUCAUAGUGAAAAACCCUUUGUGUCAGUGAUGUUGACCAUGAUCUUUGUCCUCUUUUGCUACUACAUGUUACGCCCUUCACUUAACCGUUUGAUAGAGAAAAUAACGGACAAGAAUGAAUGGGACAACUACAAGUUGUCGUAUGUGCUCGUAGGGGUUUUGUUUUGUGCACAUGUUACUGAAAUGCUUGGCACUCACUCCAUUGUUGGGGCAUUGGUGUUCGGGCUGAUUCUUCCUAGGGGAAAAUUCGCGGACAUGUUGAUGGAAAGGUCAGACGAUCUUGUCUCUAUGUAUCUGGCACCAUUGUUCUUCAUUGGAUGUGGUAUAAGAUUCAACUUCGCAACUUUCGAAAAGACAAAGUUGCGUAAUGUGAUGAUAAUCACGCUCUUGUCAUGCUGCACAAAGAUAGUAAGCACUGUGAUAGCCACUGGCUUCUAUCGUAUGCCUUUUCGAGAUGGAGUGGCCCUUGGAGCGCUUUUGAACACCAAAGGCCUCUUGCCCUUAGUAAUGCUAAACAUUGCAAGUGACAGAGAGAUUUUGAGUAGGGAUUUCUAUACAAUUAUGACGACGGCUAAUGUUCUGAUGACUAUACUAGUGUCUCCCACCAUCAACUACAUAUACAAGCCAAGAAAGCAAUUUGAGAAGGAUAAGCUAAGGACCAUACAAAACCUGAAGGCUGAUGCAGAUAUCCGAGUAGUAGCUUGUGUCCACAACGCGCGCCAAGCCGCGGGAAUGAUCACCAUCCUUGAAGCAUGCAGCGCCACAAACGCUUCCCGUCUCCGCGUGUUUUCUCUUCAACUCAUCGAGCUCAAAGGCCGCGGCACCGCCUUUCUUGUGGAUCAUAACAGUUCUCAUCAAUCACAAGCUGACACCGAGGCCAUUGCCAAUAUUUUUGCCGAAAUCUCGCCGGAGCAAGGGCACACAAACACCAGCCUGGAGACUCUCAGCGCCGUCUCCUCCUACGAGACCAUUCACAAGGACAUCUACAACAUCGCCGACGAGAAACGCGCCUCGUUGAUUCUCAUCCCGUUUCACAAACACUCCAGCGCGGAAGGUACCCUAGAAGUGACCAACCCCGCAUUCAAGGAGAUAAACCAAAACGUGAUGAACUACGCGCCAUGUUCAGUGGGAAUCCUGGUUGAUCGUGGGCACGGGUCGUUAUCGAAGGUAAGCCUGCGUGUCUGCGUCGUCUUCAUCGGUGGCCCCGAUGAUCGUGAAGCCUUGGCCAUUUCUUGGAGGAUGGCGAAGCACCCCGGGAUCCAUCUCUCCAUGGUGCAUGUUCUUUUGUACGGAAAGGCUGCUGAAGUGGACACAAAUGCAACAACAAAUGAUGAAUCGCAUGGGAUAUUGUCUACAAUAAUUGAUAGUGGGAAGGAGAAGGAGUUGGAUGAGGAGUAUGUGAGUUUGUUCAGGCUCAUGGCGGUGAACAACGAGGAUUCAAUCACAUAUUCUGAGAAGGAAGUGCACACUGGUGAUGAUAUUCCUUUGGUGCUUAAUGAGUUGGAUAGAGGGAGCUAUGAUUUGUAUAUUUUAGGGCAUGGAAAAGGAAGGAACUCUUUGGUGUUGUCGAAUUUGAUGGAAUGGACUGAUUGCCCUGAACUUGGGGUCAUAGGGGACAUGCUUGCAUCGAAUAGCUUUGAUUCUUGCUCCUCGGUGCUUGUGGUGCAACAAUAUGGGUUUGGGGGAAUGAACUUUAAUAAGGGUUCCAACGAAGCUACUUCUUCAAAACAUGGGGAUGUUGAAGCCCUUUUUGGGAAGGGAGAGUAGCUAGCAUCAAUGUUGGUGAUUAUUGGUGAAGUGAGAUUAAUUUGGGUUUGAGUUUUGAAAUUAAACGGUAGGAUUAGCUAGUAAUACCUCAUUUCUAUAUAUCUUUAGAUGUUUAAGCUUAAUGUACAUAGGUAAGAAAUAUUUUAUAAAAGUAAGAUAUUGUUUUA